AUUAUUAUUAUUAUAACUUUUUGUUAAUACCAAUGAAGUGAGUUAACUUGAAUUUCAUUUAAAGACACUUUACCUGUGAGCCUUUCUCAUCAGUUAACCAUUUGAAUCAACGGUUUACUUUAAUCGUUGAUCAGACUAAACCUCAACAGAAUCAAUUGAACACCAUUUUUAACAAAGUGUUUAUUCACAACCCAACCUAACAGUUCCAAGUUGAAUUCAUUUCCACAUUCAAAAAAAUCAUGUCCAGUCCAAAUUUAUUCACAGAAUCAUCUUUAUUUAAUGUUUCAUCGACCAUCUUAAGUCUCUUAAAUGACACAAAUGUCAAGACAAUGGCCAUUGCCCCAGCUGGACCGCCGCUGUUGAAAAAGAUUCAUGACAUUUUGAUCACAACGCUUCUGGUUUCAGUCAUGUUUGCCAUGGGAUGUUCAAUUACACUGGAAGAGGUUUGGAACCAUUUAAAAAAGCCAGUUGGUAUAUUGACUGGAAUGGUCAGUCAAUUCUUCUUGUUACCCUUGUCUGCCUACUGUUUGGUCAAUGUACUCGGAAUCGAACCCUUACAUGCUGCUGGUCUCCUCAUCUUGGCCUCAAGUCCAGGAGGAGUCACUUCCAAUUUGUUUACAUACUUCUGUGAUGGUGAUGUCUCUUUGAGUGUCACCAUGACCUCUUUGUCUACAGUUGUAGCUCUUUGGAUGAUGCCUUUCAAUAUCUGGCUCUAUGGACGAUCCCUUGAAUCUGAUACAAUUGUCAUUCCAUACGCUAAAAUGACAUAUUCAUUGUUCUUCCUAACACUUCCAGUUCUUUUCGGGAUGAUUGUCUUCUGGAAAUGGCCAAAGGUCGCUCCAUUUUUAACCAAAGUCGGAAGUGUAGCUGGUUUCUUGAUCAUUGUUGUCUGUGAAGCUCUUGAAGUUAUGAUUUUCCCCGACAUUUUCGAUGAUGUUCCAGCCAAACUAUACGUCGCUGAAGUAGCAUUACCCGUUCUUGGUCUUGCAUUGGGUUUUGGUUGUGCUUCAAUCUUUUCACUGCCAUAUUCAUCUCGAAGGACUGUUGCUAUUGAAUGUGGAAUUCAAAAUGUUGGAACUGCUUUGGCCAUUGUUUCUCUAUCCUAUCCCUUCGAGCAAUUACGAAAAGUUUGGCUUUUCCCAUUCCUCUAUGCAUUCUCUAUGCUUGGUGUUUUCACUGUCAUGGCUGUUGUCUUCCAAACUUAUAAACGACUUUCUGGUAAAAAGGUUUACAUCAAUGACGAUAUUCCUGGUCGGGAUAAGAAUAUCGUUACUGUUGAAGUCAUGGCCUUACCUAGAGUCUAGGCAAACAAACAUCAUUUUCACAAUUAAAUCACCACCAUAAUCAACGACGAUUCAUUACUUGAAAAACAAAUCAAUUCAUUUU